UGAUAAGUGAUUAUUUACUGAUUAAGAUUUAUUUAAUAAUUGCUUUUAUAAUUUUUACCUUGCAUAUUUCUAAAGCUCUCUAAUUGUUAAUUCCAGCUACUAAAUUAAUGUAGAAGUUAGAUCCAAAAGUUUUUAAACUAUGAAUCAUUCAUUUUAUCAAUGUUAUUUUUCUUGUACAGAUUUAUAGUAUAUAGGCAAAAUAUUAAAUAACUAAUUCGGAUACAAUGGACUUUCCAAGAAGAAAUAAUGUAGAAGAACAACGAUGUGUAAUCGGACUACAAGACUUACAAAUAUCGAACAAAGACGAAAAUGAAACUGAGCAGGCGCACAGUGCAACGACAUCUAACUUAGCGGCGCAGACAAAAAACAGGCCCGUGGGCGCGAUUGAGAGUUUUACCUUAGAUAGUAAUCCAAAUAAUCGUCAAGAUUACAGUUUUUAUGAGCGUUCUAACGUAAUAGCAGCUUCUAAAUACGCCACACCUAAGCGCGUCGAAACUAUUGCUUCAAUAAACAAACGCGAUAUCAAUGCCACUGCCUUACCGCCCAGCCCUACGCGCUCAAUAGAUUCAAUAUCACAAAGGUCUUUAAGUUACCAAACUGAAGACUUAUACGAAAUACCGGGUAAUACGAAUGCGUCGUAUCCGCCCCCUGUGUAUGAAAAUAUAGACUAUUACGGUGAUCAACAGUUACCUCCACCCCCAUUCUAUCAUCAACUAUACCAACAGGCACCACCUUUGGUCCCUGAAAGCUACUACGACACCAGAUAUAGUAAGGCACAGCCUCAAGUACCAGUAAACACAAAACCAAAACCAGUUGUCUAUGAGAACAUGCUUUGUUCUGAUAAUGAAAAAAAAACUGAGUUUAAAACACAGGCAAAUCCAAACCAACACUUUAUGCAACAGAGCUCAACUCCAGGGCCUCAAGUUCCAAAUACUAAUCUGAAUAAAAAUAUAUUAAGUGAUAAAUCUAAGCUAGAUAAAAUCCCACCCCCUCCUCCAUAUAACUCAUCCCAGGAUACUUCAUGUGGUGACUAUACUAUAAUGAAAUCUGCUCCUCCAAAAUAUACAGACGUGAGUUCACUAUUAAAAACUGACAACAAACUGACUAGUAUUGAAGAGAAGGUUACAAGUGUUAAGCCUUCAAGUGCAAUUUAUGCUUCAAUUGCACCUAGUGCUCAAAGACCAAAAGCAAACAUAGCUACUGAAGUCCAAACAGCUGUGCCUGCUCCAAAAUUUUUCCACCCAAAGCCAUUGUUAGGUAAUGGACUUGGAAAAAUUAAACCUACGGUGGCAAAUGGGUAUAACCUAAAUUUAAAAAUGCAAGCUGGUAGGAUGCAAAUUGUUGAUGAUACAAAUGGUUCUGACUAUGUUUGCAUGACUGGUGGAACAUCAGCAUCAGCUGUAGCUGCAGCAAGUAGAGACAAUGUAUCUUUAUCAGAAUCUGUGGGAUCUAGAAAUCUAACAUCAACAAGAACAUCUCUAUGUUCACCUGCCCAAUCUCCAGCACCAAGUCCAACACCCAGCUCUAUGUCACAAGUAUCAGGUGGAUCAAGAGGCUCUGGGGGAAGAGGAAAGAGCUUGCUUCCAUACAGCAUAACACCUCCCCGCCCUCAAGGCCCCAGUGAAGCUCAGCGAAAAAUAGAAGAAAUGACCCGGCAACUAGAAGAGGAAAUGGAAAGACAAGAUGAAGAAGGAGAGUACUUUGGUAUUUGUCACACAUGCGGCACUGGAGUAACAGGAGCUGGUCAAGCAUGCCAGGCAAUGGGUAAUUUGUAUCACACAAACUGUUUCAUCUGUUGUUCAUGUGGACGGGCUCUUAGAGGAAAAGCAUUUUAUAAUGUUCAUGGAAAAGUAUAUUGCGAGGAAGACUAUUUGUAUUCUGGUUUUCAACAAACUGCUGAAAAAUGUGCUAUUUGCGGCCAUCUUAUAAUGGAAAUGAUAUUACAAGCUAUGGGAAAAUCAUAUCACCCAGGGUGCUUCCGAUGUUGUGUCUGCAAUGAGUGCCUUGAUGGAGUUCCAUUUACAGUUGAUGUUGACAAUAAGAUAUACUGUGUCAAUGAUUAUCAUCGAAUGUUUGCACCCAAGUGUGCCAGCUGUGGAAAAGGCAUAACACCUGUUGAGGGCACAGAUGAAACAGUCAGAGUGGUUUCAAUGGACAGGGACUUCCAUGUUGAUUGCUAUAUGUGCUGUGUGUGCGGUAUGCAGCUGACAGAUGAACCCGAUAAACGAUGCUACCCAUUAGCAGGUAAACUUAUGUGUCGGGCUUGCCAUUUGUCGACGAUCGGUGCCGCAUCAGGACCUGGAAUGGCGCCAGCGCCUCAUCUUUCACCAGCUUCCUACCAAUAUAUGGGCUAAAAUGGUGAUAAAAUUAAAAAGUGCAAAAAGAAACUACCAAUGCUGCUGCUUGUGAAUAACGGCUUAAACGAAAACUCCGCAAUGAGUUUGACAACAACAAAAUAUACAUUUCAUGUUCCAUAACCCAAAUAUAAAACAAGGGUGGCAUUACAAAUGAAGAUUUUGUGAAACUUCUUGAAAAUAUAGGUAUAAAAAUGGAGAAAUUUUAUUAUGUAAGACAAGAUAAGGUAUUAUCUAAUUGAUAAAUAAUUUAGUAAUAAUAAUAAAUAAUUUUAUUUGUGGCAUAGGGCUACAUUAUAGUACAGAUUUCUGAAUGUGUUAAGUUAUUGCUUUGUAUAGAAAGUAUGAGUAUAAAAUUCUGUAUAUUAUGAGUAUGCAACUGUAAAAGAAGCACUUUGGAAUUGAAAGAAAAGGGAUAAAUAGUAUAUUAUUGUCUUGCUCAUUUUAAUGUAGCUAUAGGAACCAGCAUAAUGUUUAAGGUGGAUAAUUCUUCCUAUGAAAAUUUUAUUGUAAUUGCCAUAAAUUACAUUUAUGAUGAAAUUUUCACUGUUGAGAAAUUGCUGAGAUUAAAUAUUUAUAAUAAGUACAAGCAUGCAAGGUUUUACAUUCUACAAUUAGUGACAGGAGAUUGAAACUGUCAAAAUUCAGUUUAAUUAAGUGUAAUUUAUAAUCUCAAAAUGAAUAGUGAUUUUGUUAACUUAAGAUAUUUGCCUACAGUGCUUUGUGAUAUCAAUAGGUUACAUAUUAACCCCUAUGAGCCCUUUAAAUGGGCAGUAAAUUUGCAUUUAUUAGAGAUGUUGCUGACAAAUAUAACACUGACAUAUUAUUUACAUUGUGCUUGGUGAAAUGUCUGAA